AUGGAGUCAGUUUGGUUUGAAGGCGCAGAAUUUCUGAGAAACGUUGAUCCACCUGCAGAAACGGAACUCAGCCCCGAACCUUUCUUGAUUGCUGACAACGAUCCAGAAGUUCGAGUUAAGGCUACAAUCUACACUACCCAACUGCGUGUAAUCAAAGGUCUGACCUCAGAAGGAUUCAAUCGAUUUUCCAAGUGCAACUCCCUCCGAAGAGCGAUUGCCAAUAUGAUCAUCAAAGCAAAGACAUUGAAAAGCCAAAACCAAAUUUCAACAUCCCGCAAAAGGAAUGCCCACCAAACCCAUCUGGUCAAACUACCAGUCCGAAAGCUGCCAAGAAAUCCACCUGCUGCAGAACUAAGACAGAGCGAAGUGGUGAUGAUCAAAACCGCACAGAGCGAAGCAUACGCAGAAGAAAUCGAAACCCUUCAGCAGAACCAACUGUCUCAGAAAAGCCUUUCUCCGAGAUCCAGUAUAUAUCCUUUACAACCUUUCGUCGACGGUGAUGGUGUCCUUCGCGUUGGCGGUCGAUUAAGACAAACAGACCAGAUGUUCCAAGAGAUACAUCCAGUUAUAUUACCCAAAGGAUGUCAUUUGGCGAGACUAGCAAUCACCCAUUACCAUAGUAAAGUGCAUCACCAAGGAAGACAGAUUACCCAUGGUGCAUUAAGACAAGUGGGAUUAUGGAUUAUCGGAGCCAAACGAAUGAUCUCAAAAUUAUCAACCAAUGUAUCACGUGUAGAAAACUCAGAGGGAACGUUAUAA